AUUAAACUGCAAUUCUAUUUCUUUUUUUUUUUGGUUCGAAAUCUCGAAAAUCUAUCUGCGAGUUAACUUGCAUAACGCUCUCUCCCUCUUUCUCCCUUCCCUAUAUAUAAUCCUGGAAUUUCCGGAUCCUCUGAAGGAGAGUGUCCUUAGUUGUGUGUUUGUCCUGCAUUUUUUUGGGGUUUCAGUGGAGAGAGUGGAAAGUGGGAUCUGCCAUUUCCUAGAAAGAGAAAGAGAUCUUGGUAUCGUCGGAUUUAGUUCGUGCUGCUUGGUUUGAUUGCGGUAAAGGGUAGCUCCGGUCGAUGGGAUCCGGGAAUGGAAGGUUUGAAAUGGGGACGCGCGCUGUUUAGGUCUGGGGGGUUUUUGAGUCUUGAUGAGGAAAGGUUGGCCGCCAAAUGUGAAUAUCUGUUUGGCUCCGGGAGUUUUUGAUCUUGCUUGCACGGAGCGAACUUGGUUUGUGGAAGUUGGGAUCUUCCUUGCAUUUGGGAGUUCCUUCACAUCUUGGAGUUUGAGAAAUAGGUUCUAGGUUCUGGGUAUGCUGGAGGGAGAAGAGCUGGUUUUAUUCGGGGAAAAGAGUGAACAGAAGUUAAUCUCAGCAAUCGUUCCUGACAAAGUUGGAUUUGCGACCACAAUCGACUUGCAUUGGAUGUCUUAGCUCUUGGAUCCUGGGAUUCUCAAGAAAGUCCUGGAAAUCAUCUCCGUGAUCUGACUCUUCAGUUUGGAAGUUCAGAUAUUUGUCAUUUUUAGGGAAAAAUUUUGAGGUUUGAGUUUUUUAAAUUUACUUCAUAGACCUCGUGUUCGAGAAGAAGACAGGAACUUUAAGCAAUUAUCUGGUAGAGAGUUUUUUUUUCCUCUUUAUUUUUGGUAUAGAUCGUGGAUCUACUGGGACUUUUGAGUUCUCAGAGUUUCCUAGUCGAAGAUAACUUGUACUUCUUGGUACUGUGUCAGUCUUCAUUCGUCGGUUGAGCAGAGAAAGUACAGAACCUGCAUUGCUUAUAAGCCUUUUCAGGAUUGACGAAUAUCCGGAAGCAAUGAAGAAGCUACUAUCACUGAAGAGGAAUUCAUUCAAUUCUAGGACCGUUGGAGGAUAUACGGAGGACAAGAGGGUGAUCUCGUGGUCUAAAUAUCUGGUCUCUUCCGGCGGAGCGAUCAAGGAAGAAGGGGAGGAGAACUGGAGCGCAGAUAUGUCCCAGUUGCUGGUAGGAAGCAGGUUUGCUUCGGGACGUCACAGUAGAAUAUACCAUGGGAUCUACAGGGAGAAGGAGGUCGCAGUCAAAAUCGUAAGUCUCCCUGAGGAAGACGAUGCAUUGGCGGCGCUCGUUGAGAAACAGUUCAAUUCAGAAGUUUCCCUCCUUUUUGGCCUCAAGCAUCCUAACAUCAUCUCGUUUGUUGCAGCUUGCAAGAAACCCCCUAUAUUCUGCAUUAUCACUGAGUAUAUGUCAGGGGGGUCAUUGAGGAAGUACCUGCAUCAACAGGAGCCUCAUUCUCUCCCCAUGAAGCUGGUUCUCAGGUUGGCCCUUGAUAUAGCUCGUGGAAUGCAUUAUCUUCAUUCUAGAGGCAUACUUCAUAGGGAUCUCAAAUCGGAAAACCUACUUCUUGGGGACAAUAUGUGUGUGAAAGUGGCAGAUUUCGGCAUCUCAUGCUUAGAAUCUCAGUGUGAUGAUGUCAAGGGUUUCAUGGGGACUUAUCGUUGGAUGGCACCAGAAAUGAUCAAGGAAAGACAACAUACCAAAAAGGUUGAUGUUUACAGUUUUGGGAUCGUCUUCUGGGAGAUUCUAACAGCGUUGAUACCAUUUCAAGAUAUGACGGCUGAACAAGCUGCAUAUGCAGUAUCCCAGAAGAAUGCUCGGCCACCUAUACCUGCCACUUGCCCUGCAGCAAUUUCUAGCCUCAUCAACCAUUGCUGGGCAAGCAACCCAGAUAAGCGUCCACAAUUUGAUGAAAUUGUUCCAAUUCUUGAAGAUUACGUUGAAAGUCUUGAGCAAGAUCCAUCAUUUUUCUUAUCCUAUAAGCCCGCUGAUUAUAACAAAAUUUUUAGCUGCUUUCCCAGGCGCAUGGUGACACGAAGAGCCACAUCUUUACAAGCCUAACACCUUUUAAGUGCCAUACACCAGUCUCGGUUCCACUAUUCAUUGGUAAUGUCUUGUUUUAUUGGUAGAAAGUAUUGCAGAAGACGCGAAUGUGUUGCACGCUCCUGCAUUUACAAGGAGUCAAGCAAUGGAAGUGUCUUGCACUCUGAAGAAAGAGUGCAAGAUUUGACACUUCAGUAGUCAAAUAAUGUGAUUCUGCUUCUGUAUGAGUUGCAUACUGAGCUUGAUAUGUAAGUGCUUGUAUUCUAUCUUGGAGAUUAAAAAUGUAUCAGUGGAUGCGCGUAGAACCAUUUCUGUUUCUGCUGGCUGCCUUCUGUUCCAUUUCUGUGUGCACACAAGAGUCAAGUAAUAUGGAUGAAGCUUCGCUUUUCUUAUUCUCUUAA